AUGAAGGACCCGACGCUUAAAGAGGGUGUGAUUAAGGACCUCGUGCUUCUAUCAUGCGUCGGCUUGCGGCCCGUGCUGGUUCACGGAGGCGGACCGGAGAUUAACACGUGGCUGACGCGGAUAGGCAUUGAGCCGAAUUUUAAGAACGGUCUGCGUGUGACUGAUGGGCCUACUAUGGAGGUGGUCGAGAUGGUGCUUGUAGGGAAGGUGAAUAAGUCGCUUGUGUCGCUUAUCAAUCGCGCCGGUGGCACUGCUGUGGGAAUGUGCGGAAAGGAUGGUCGCAUGAUCACCGCGCGACAGGCUAGCGAAGAUCUGGGAUUCGUAGGCGACAUCUCGAAUGUGGAUACCACUGUCGUCAAAGGGCUGGUUCGCGACGGGAUCAUCCCCGUUAUUGCAACGGUGGCGGCGGAUUCGGAGGGGCAGGCGUAUAACGUGAACGCGGACACGGCGGCAGGGGAGAUUGCGGCGUCGCUGGGAGCGGAAAAGCUCAUUCUGAUGACGGACGUGCCGGGUGUCAUGAUUGAUCCGAAGGACACUGACAGUCUCGUGAAGGAGGUGGACAUCAAGGGCAUUCGCAAGCUGAUAGCAGAUGGCAUUGUUAAGGGUGGCAUGAUUCCCAAGGUGGAGUGCUGCAUCAGGUCUCUCGCCCAGGGCGUGCAUUCCACCGCCAUUAUUGACGGUCGCAAGCCACACUCGCUGCUGCUCGAGGUGCUUACAGAUGAGGGUGCUGGCACCAUGAUCACUGGGUGA